UGGAGAGCUGUGCGCCCCUCUCCGGAACUGAGCUGAUAGCCCAAAUGACGCCUUCUUGCGGGCCGGACCAAUUCAUCCACAGCCUCUUCGUGGGCCUGGUUCUCGUGGCUCUGUGUGACGCCAGUCUUUUUCCUGAAGAAGGGUGUGGAAUACCGGACCUUCCAGCUCACAACACCUACCACUGCCAGCCCCCGCUGUGCGAGGGCCCCCUGGGCUCCGGCUUGUUUAGAUCGGGGACCGUAGUGGAGCUUUACUGCCAGCCAGACUACGUCCUCGCCGGCCUGCCCGGCCUCUGCAUCUGCCAAGGCAGGUGGUGGCACACGCUGAGACAUGGGGUGUGCAAGCCCCAGGGACCUCUGCAUCCCCACAGGAUUUUCACUCUCGCCUCCAUCCCUUUGGUCAUAACUGCUGCGGUGACCCUCUCAGCCUUGCUGGGGAUGUUCAUGGUGUGCGCGCUGCUGAAGCUGAGGUGCUCCAUCUGCAGCUGCACCAGCAGUACGUAUGAAGCCUUGGACGACUCAGACACAGUGGAACAUGUGGACGAGCUGUUUGUGAGCCAGCCGGGUGGUGCCCUGGCACCCCUGCCCUCCUACGAAGAGGCGGUCUAUGGCCACACAGGGGAGCCCUUGACACUUGGGGGCCACGGCCCAACCCCGCUGGUCCUUUCCCAAGACAUGCUGGCCUGCCCGGGACUCUAUGGCCCAAGCCACGUUCCUGGAGGAACCUCGUUCAUGAACAGACCUCCUUCAUACCAAGAGGCCUUGGCUGCAGCCACGGCAGAAGCCGAAAACAUCCCAGGAGGAGAACUGCCCCCAGCCAGGCUGCCAGGCCUUCGGAAGGAGGACCACCCUUAGCUCUGGGUGCAGGACUCGAACUCAGACUGACUUGGAGGCAGAAGGUUCUCCCCUCCAAAGGACUUCUGCCCCUGCAGGGAUUAACUGCUGGGAAUGUCACCAGGAAGCCCCCAAGGCUACUGUAAGGGUGCCUUCCAGAUGUGUUGAGCUGCGACGGGCCGGGAGUGAUGGGCGUUGCAGUCCAGCACCUCUGGAGGGCACCAGGUUGGGGAAGGCUGGCAUGCACAGUUUUCGGCAGGAGCUCCAUCCCCUUCUGAUCAAAUGCUGUCAUGGGAGCAGAGGAGGGACUGUGUGCCAUUCAGGCCCGUGCCCCACCUCGAUGCCAUUUGGGGACGACGACGACAACGACUAUGGAGUGAGUCAGAUUUCUGUGUCAAGAGACAGCUUGGAAUUCCCUCCUAAGAAUUUGGUUUUGUUUUGUUUUUUUAAUUGACAUUUUGAUUCUUUUUUCUCUUUUAAAAAAGUGUUUUGAUUGCCCUAUUGAAACCACUGUAAGGUGGUGGUUGGUUUUUCUUUUCAGAGUAAAAUGUGAAUGUUAGAAUCUCACCUGGAGGUGCUGGUUCACUGGUGGGAUUCCUCUCAAAUGUUUUGUUCAGUAAGUGCCCCCCCCCCCCCCGAUUCUGCUCUGUGCUUUCUGUGGUUCGUGUAAGCUGAGGGGCGGGUUUGUACAUAUGACGACAGGGAGGCGGGUGAUGGAGGUGUGUGGCUGGCUGGCCCCGCCACAGAUAAAUCUCCUGCACCGACCAAGCAGGGGGACCCUUAUUAGUGGGUGGGUGGGUGGGGGCUGGUCCUGAGCUCUGUUCCCUUUGUUAACAGCCAUCAAUUUGCAGGAGCAGGGAAGUAAAGACCUGAGUUGGGGUUUUGCUGGAGAGCCAAGCGUAAAAGCAAGGGGAGCACUUGCAACAACUCCAGGGUAAUGACCUCGCCCCCACCCCAACCAGCAGCAGUCUUGCUUGUG